AUGAUUGAAUUACGAACCGCAACCUCCGCCACCACCCAAGCUCGUGAUGUUGUUGGUCCACUACCACGUAUGUUCGCUCGUAACAUUCGUACUCGAGUAUCACCGAAAGAAGUUCGAGACCUCCAGGAUAUGACCUCCACAUACAGUAGACGCUACACUACCGUGGGACCGGUAGAUACCGUGGCUAGUGAUUUAGCAAGCAAAUGUCCAUCAUUCUGUCAUACUAUGUAUGGUGGUCCAUGGAGUAUGGAGUAUAGGAUUAGGAUUGCUUCAGCUCCGUGUGUGAGGCUCAUGUGUCGAAACGCUUAG